GGAAGUGAUGCUUCAGGGGCUAGCUAACCUCUGGGAGUGUUGAUAUUUUCCAGUCAGUCCGGCUGACUGGGGCCAAGUUGGAAGCCCGGAAGGGAGGCGAUUUAAAAACUCGUGCACGGGGCAGGCCACGCUGUCCUGUUGCAGUGCCCCCGCCUGCGAGUCAGAGCCUCGGGGAGACAAGAGCACGACGGGACGAAGAGGAAAGGCAAGGAACAAGGGUGCCGACUUUGACUGAAAUCUGAGACAGAGGGCAGGGGAGGGCGAUCGUUCGCUUCUGAUUGGCUCGUGGGCAUCAUCGAGGACCCACGCAACCGCUUCGAUUGGUUGGUGCCCUCAAUUGUUGUGGCGGCGGCGAAGAUUUUGCCCACGUACUUCCGAGCGAGAGGCGGGGCUGCGCCCCGGCGCGCCUGCGCAACGCCCCGGGCCCCACCCGGUAGUUCAAGAACCUGCGAGGGGGCGGGGCGAAGAGGUGCUUGUUUUGGUUCUGUUUCCUUUGAAGCCGAAGGCCGGAACGAGCAUAGCAAUAAACUUGCUGGGCUUGGAGAGAAGGCUACGACAAGCUCGCCGCGGUGCCUUCAUCUUGGACUUCACAUCCGGGUUCUCCGGCCGCGUGACCCGCGCGCCGCCGACGUUCGAAAACCGGUGCCUCGAUCUCUUUAUCCGGGGCCCGGCGAUCCCGUCGUGCUUCGCGCACUACUGUAGCCCCCCUCAUCCGGGUCCUCUCCCGGCGUGCCCCGCGCCGAGUUUGGUGGGGGGUACUCGGCGGUGCCGCCAUGACUAUUCUCCCCAAAAAGAAACCACCGCCUCCCGACGCCGACCCCGCCAACGAGCCGCCGCCGCCCGGGCCGCUGCCCCCGGCGCCUCGCCGCGGCGGGGGUGUAGGCGUGGGCGGCGGCGGCACGGGUGUGGGUGGCAGCGAUCGUGACCGUGACUCGGGAGUCGGCACCCGUCCUCGAGCCUCGCCACCGCCUCAGGGCCCGCUCCCGGGGCCACCGGGUGCCCUCCAUCGCUGGGCGCUGGCCGUGCAGCCUGGCGCCGUGGCGGGACCCCGGCCACAGCAGGCCUCUCCUCCUCCUUGUGGGGGCCCCGGCGGUCCCGGCGGCGGUCCCGGUGACGCGUUGGGUGCUACAGCAACGGGCGUGGGCGCGGCGGGCGUGGUGGUGGGCGUGGGCAGUGCUGUGGGCGUGGGCGGCUGCUGCUCUGGGCCGGGUCACAGCAAGCGGCGGCGUCAAGCCCCUGGGGUUGGCGCGGUUGGCGGGGCCAGUCCUGAGCGGGAGGAGGUCGGCGCAGGUUACAACAGUGAGGAUGAGUAUGAAGCGGCUGCAGCGCGCAUCGAGGCCAUGGACCCCGCCACUGUCGAGCAGCAGGAGCACUGGUUUGAAAAGGCCCUGCGAGACAAGAAGGGCUUCAUCAUCAAGCAGAUGAAGGAGGACGGCGCCUGUCUCUUCCGGGCUGUAGCUGACCAGGUGUAUGGAGACCAGGACAUGCAUGAGGUUGUGCGAAAGCACUGCAUGGACUAUCUGAUGAAGAAUGCCGACUACUUCUCUAACUAUGUCACAGAGGACUUUACCACCUACAUCAACCGGAAGCGGAAAAACAACUGCCAUGGCAACCACAUUGAGAUGCAGGCCAUGGCAGAGAUGUACAACCGGCCCGUGGAGGUGUACCAGUACAGCACAGAACCCAUCAACACAUUCCAUGGGAUCCAUCAAAAUGAGGAUGAACCCAUCCGUGUCAGCUACCAUCGGAAUAUCCACUACAAUUCAGUGGUGAAUCCUAACAAGGCCACCAUUGGCGUGGGGCUGGGCCUGCCAUCAUUCAAACCGGGGUUUGCAGAGCAGUCCCUGAUGAAGAAUGCCAUAAAAACAUCGGAGGAGUCGUGGAUUGAACAGCAGAUGCUGGAAGACAAGAAGCGGGCCACAGACUGGGAGGCCACAAAUGAGGCCAUUGAGGAGCAGGUGGCUCGGGAGUCCUACCUGCAGUGGCUGAGGGAUCAGGAGAAACAGGCUCGCCAAGUCCGUGGCCCCAGCCAGCCCCGGAAAGCCAGCGCCACGUGCAGCUCUGCCACAGCAGCAGCCUCCAGUGGUCUGGAGGAGUGGACCAGCCGGUCCCCAAGGCAGCGGAGUUCAGCCUCGUCACCCGAGCACCCUGAGCUGCAUGCCGAGCUGGGCAUCAAGCCUCCUUCCCCAGGCACUGUCUUAGCUCUUGCCAAACCUCCUUCACCCUGUGCACCAGGUACGAGCAGCCAGUUUUCGACAGGGGCCGACCGGGCUACUUCUCCCCUCGUGUCCCUCUACCCUACUCUGGAGUGCCGGGCCCUCAUUCAGCAGAUGUCCCCCUCUGCCUUUGCAGGCCUGAACGACUGGGAUGAUGAUGAGAUCCUAGCGUCGGUGCUGGCAGUGUCCCAACAGGAAUACCUAGACAGUAUGAAGAAAAACAAAGUGCACAGAGACCCACCCCCAGACAAGAGUUGAUGGAGACCCAGAGACUGGAGACCAUCUCCCAACCCCCACACUCCUGCCCUCUGGUGCCACCCCAC